UUUUUCUUUUUCUUUUUUUUUUUUCCAGCUACUCGGUUUACCCAAAAAGUAGGUUAUGGAAAUGCCAUUGGAUUUUUAGUGAAUAAAGGAAUUGCUAUGGAACCACCUCAAGAACAUCAAACUGGAGAAGAUGAUGAUAAUGAAAAUAAUAUUAUCAAUCCUAUUACUGGACAAUAUGUAUCAGCAGAACAAGAUGAAGGACCAAGUUUAGCGGAUAUGACGGAUGAAGAAAAAGAACGUGAAGCUGAAAGGCUAUUUGUAUUAUUUGAAAGAUUAAAGAAAACUGGAAUUAUUGAUGUGGAAAAUCCAAUUGCAAAAGCUAUGCGUGAAGGU